CUAGUCUCAUACUGAACUCGAUACAGAGCACUGAGGGGAGGAGACACUUAAAUUCCAAGAAACCCAAAAGAGAAAGCAUGAGAGUAAGCAGUCACCUGAGCCAACAUUUGCAUACUUUUUCCAAGGAAACUAGUCACACGCCUUCAGAGGAAAUAACAGCCUAACAGAGCUACACUGAGAGGAGGAGCAACAAUGAAAGAGGAGAAACUUAAACUCCAUUUCCAGAGGAAAUAACAGCCUUACAGAGCUACACUGAGAGGAGGAGCAACAAUGAAAGAGGAGAAACUUAAACUCCAUUUCCAGAGGAAAUAACAGCCUUACAGAGCUACACUGAGAGGAGGAGCAACAAUGAAGGAGGAGAACCUUAAACUCCAUGUUCGCUGAAACGGAAGUUAAAGUCUGAGCGUAAACAGAGCUAAAACCGUCAAGGUGAUCUUAACAGAACUGCAAGUCUGUCUGUCACAGGUGAGUUCACCGACUAAAAAAGACAGAACUUCACUCUAAAGCAUGUUUGAUCAUUACUUUUGUUUUCUGCUACACCCGAUGCAUCUCUCUCUCAUUCUCUACAUCUGUUGCAAACCUUUCUGCAUAUUUUUGUUGCUUGAUUGUGUCUGAAUAUAUCUUCUUUUUCCUUAUAAACCCAUGAGCACGUGUUGGUGAAUGAUGGGUAUAUUGUUUUUGAGGUUUCAUCUCAAAACACAAUUCAAUGAUUAACACAUGACUUGUUGAAUUUAGCUAUUUUCUCAUAAAAUUUGGUCACCAGCCGGCUCUAAUAACAGAAUAAAAUUAACACUGAAAAUGCUCCACCUGUUAUUGAGUAGGUUUAUACAACAUUUGCAUUGCACUAAGAGAAACCCGGUUAUUCUCAGCUGUCAGAAACUUGGAUAAUGGAGCGCUCACACCAAGCAAGAGUAAAAUCAUCCACUCGCUUAAUUUGUGAGAAACCAGACGUGUGAAUGAAUAGUAUUUCCUCGCUUCAUUCGCGCGUCAACGGUAAUUUCAACGGUAAUCCCUGCCAAUUCAACCAGCGGGAUCAAGUGAUAGACAAAGGUUUUUCACAAUUUACCAGGUAAUCCGACCUCCUCACUCCAGACGAGCUCCUUUUUAUUCCAGUUUCGGUAAUUGAAAAAAAAGGCAGGGCUCUCAAGUCUCACGCAUUCAGCGUGAGACACACGCAUUCCCACUCGUUCACACGCUCACACGCCACACAUUGUAUUUCUCACGCAUUUAAAUGAACAUGGUGAUGUCCACCAAGUUGCACCUCUUUAACUAUGGAACAGGGGGAAAUCAACGGAGUUUCUCCGAGAGUUCCUAAGUUGCGUGCCACGCGCAAGCCAAUCAAAUAAAGUAUAUUUACUGAACAGCCAAUCAAAAAGCAGCAUUGUUGUAUCCGGGUAGAUUUUGAUAUCUUGCGGUUUGACUACAGAAGAAGACAGACACUUGCCGAAAUAGAGCAGGUUUUUAUAAGGCCGAGAUAGACCCGAUGAUUACAGUAAGUCAGUAACCUACACAUGCAGAGACCUCAACACCUCAUGGCAGAUAAACUCAUAUGAUAAACUAAAGCCCUAUGCUAUUGCUAUUAACAGCUGCAUUGAUGAAUUUAGCCUCUGUACAGCCAUUUCCCCUCCACAAAAGCAGCAUUUCUCAUAUAUUCUUUUUAAAGUUCUGAUACUCGUGACAGUGUAAUGCUGAUAUACCAAAGGAUUAAGUAUCUCCAUGUCUGUGAAACCUAUACUAAAGUACAAUUCAUCUAAAUGCUCCUCAGUGCUGAUUUUAACAACUCUCCUCCACAACAGGUAACUUAACUACUUUAUUCUUAAAGUCAUUAAUGACUUUAUUCUCCUAAAUAAUAACUUUAAUCUCAAAGAUUUAAAAAUGUUUUUUUCUUUCUUAAUGUGGCCCUCAUACUCCAUUGUAUUUAUUAGAUUAUUAUACUAAUAAUUAUCUUCAAUCACUCUUCGACCCCCCCCCCCCCCCCCCAGCGUCAUUCCUGCCGUCAGAGUAGUACCAGCGUCUAAUCGUGUCUUUGCAUUGACUCAACAUGUAAUUCAUUUGCACAGAUGAUUUUACCCGCGCUUAGUGGCAUACCCUAAAACUUGGAGAGGAUGUUGACAUACACAAACGCCAAAACAGUAUAAUGUCCACACCCAUAGUGUCCCGUAAAAGAGUAACAGGUAAUAAACGAAUAACUUUUAGCAGAAGGUUUGACUAUCUGUCCCUUUUCUUAUCCUCAGGUUGUAAAAAUGUCUGCUGCCUGCUGUCUGCUGAAUGAGGAUCAGUUCCUGUGCUCCAUCUGUCUGGACAUGUUCAUCAAUCCAGUCAGCACACCAUGUGGACACAACUUCUGUAAAGACUGCAUCACCGAACAUUGGAGAACCAACGGCCGGUGUCGGUGUCCCAACUGUAAAGAGGUUUUCUACACCACACCUGAGCUGAAGGUCAACACGUUCAUAUCUGAGGUCACUGCCCAGUACAGACUGUCAGCUCUUCAGGAAGCCAGCAUGGAGCGACAAGCUGCAGAACCAGGAGAUGUUUCCUGUGACGUCUGCACUGGAACCAAACUGAAGGCCCUGAAGUCCUGCUUGGUGUGCCUGGCCUCUUACUGUGACACUCACCUCGAGCCUCAUCUGAGAUCUUCACGUCUACAAAAACAUCAGCUGAUCGACCCUGUGGAGAACCUGGAAGGAAGGAUGUGUACGAAGCAUGACAAACUGCUGGAGCUGUUCUGCAAAAACGACCAGAUGUGUGUCUGCGUGCUGUGCACCGUUACGAACCACAAAACGCAUGAUGUUGUUCCUCUGGAAGACGAGUACAAAGGAAAGAAGGCCGAGCUGGAGAAGACAGAGAAUGAAAUUCAGCAGAUGAUCCAGAAGAGACGCCUGAAGAUCGAAGAGAUCAGACGGUCAGUGGAGCUCAGUAAUAAGAAUGCAAACAGAGAGAUCGCUGAAGGUGUCGAGGUCUUCACAGCUCUGAAAGAAUCCAUCGAGAGAAGUCAGGCCGAGCUCAUCCGAACCAUCAAAGAGAAGCAGAAGGAGACGGAGGAACGGGCUGAAGGCUUCAUCGCAGAGCUGCAGCAGGAAAUCUCUGAGCUGAAGAAGAGAUUCUCUGCGGUAGAGCAGCUCUCACUCUCUGAAGACCACCUCCACCUCCUUCAAAACUUCACCACCCCGAACGCUGCUCCACCCACCAAAAACUGGACUGAAAUCAGAGUCCGCCCAAUGUCUUAUGAGGGGACUGUGGUGAGAGCUGUGAGCCACCUCGAGGACACGCUCAGUAAACAGAUGAAGGAGCUGUUCGAGGCUGAGGUGAGGAGGGUCCAGCAGUAUGAAGUGGAUGUGAUUCUCGAUCCUGAUACGGCACAUUUCAAACUCAUCCUGUCCGACGAUGGGAAACAAGUUUAUUGUGGCGAUGUGUGGAAGGACCUCCCAGUCACCCCGGAGAGAUUUGAUUGGUGUGCUGUUGUCUUCGCAAAGCGGGGUUUCUCUUCGGGCAAAUUUUACUAUGAGGUCCAGGUCAAAGGAAAGACAAAGUGGGAUUUAGGAGUGAGCAGAGAGUCCAUCAACAGGAAGGGGAAGAUCUCUCUGUCUCCUCAGAACGGUUUCUGGGCGAUAUGGUUGAGGAAUGAAAACGAGUACGAAGCGUGUGCCAGCCCUCCAGUCAGUCUUUCUCUGAAGUCUCAUCCUGAGAAGGUCGGGGUGUUCGUGGAUUAUGAAGAGGGUCUGGUCUCCUUUUAUGAUGUUGAUGCUGCAGCUUUGAUCUACUCCUUUACCGACUGCUCCUUUGCUGAGAAACUCUUCCCAUGCUUUAGCCCAUGUCACAACAACUGCGGUUUAAACUCCGCCCCUCUGAUCAUCUCUCCUGUUUAUCAAGCUGACUGGAAAAACGAGUUAUUCUCAUCAUGAAGACUCACAUCAGGAAUAAGUCCUGACAAAGGGGAGGUUUCUGCACAGACGCCAAAGUUCUGUGACUGUUUUUAUUGCAAAUAAGUUGUCCACGCAACAGAAUUUUUUUCUAUUUGGUCUAAAACUGUAUAUAAAAAUGUCACAUCGACACUCAAGGCCUGUCUGUGGAUUCAGACACGGGUUUGUUGUUCUGUCAGUAUGUUUAUAUGCAUAAGUCGAGCUAUAAUUAGAGCUUGAUUAGUGGGUUUUAACUCGACCACUGUCUGUGUCUGAGCAUCAAUUAACAAAAGUAUGUCUGCUUCGCUUUGCAAGGUAGCAGUCCGCCCCCUUUCAGCUCUGUCCUCUGACCAGGUUUUGUUUCCUACCCGACUUCCCACCCUGUUCAACUCCAGGGUCAAAGCAUGAUAUAAACAGUUGAGUCAUAUGUGGUGUGUACAUGCAAGAGAAUAUCAAUUUCCUUGUGAUGGAAAUUACGGAUCUUUUUAGUGAUCAUUCAGUUCAGCUCACCAAGAAGAGCCGGCUCUAUCGGCUCCCAAACGUCUCUUCAUUUAACACUUGUCCAUUUUCUAAUUCAGCCAAAUUUAGUGUUGUUUGGCUUAUGAUAUGUAUAUAUGUGUACACAUACCGCUUAAAUAAUUCAAUACAUCUUUUGUACUGAAGUACUCAUGAGUAAAAAUUAUAUUUUUUAAUAUCAGUGAAUUGCUGUAGCCAAUUGUUUUUAUUGCAUUUACAGACAUUUUACAUUUUGGUACACAAAGCAGAUAGAAAUCCCGUCAUUCUGCCUUGUAGUUUUUUUUCUAUGAUCUGUGGUGGGAAAAAAGAAAGAAAGAAAGAAAGAAAUUGCACAUCGUUCACAAAGCAGACGGCUCUUUGAACCGGUUCGAUUGUGACUGACACAUCACUACAAUUUCCAGCUGUAUUGUAUAACUACAACAAACUUGAUUCGGUUGAAUUUCAGUCAGCUGACAAAUUAAAAAGUUUAGGUUUAUGAGCUAUAUGCAGUCACCUCAGAUUACGUUAUGUAUUAAAUAGGGGUUUAAAAAUCACAGUUUCUUGUCUGAUUCAGAAUUAGUCUGGUUUUGUGCCUCUAAAAUGUAGUUUUUCCUAAUUCUCAUAAUUAUUUAAAGCUUUAUUGCCCUGUUAUCUCCCCUGUUGUUAAUCUUUUACUCGACUGUCUGACGGGAUUUACCAGCAAGUGGAGAGGGUCAUGACACCAGGAAGAAACACAAAUAAAGCCUGAUAAAUCUCCUUUUAAAAUUAUGUAACCUUUAUUUAUUCUGGUUUUGUCCCACUGAGAUUAAAACUGGACAAGACACAUACACACAGGGAGUCAGUACAGUUUACUAUCAUAGCAAUGUCACCAGAUCCUCGAGUUUCACAUUAUUCUUCCAUAAACUGUGGGUUAAGGAGGCUGGAAUCCAAAAGCCCUUUUCCCAAAACUCCUGUUCUAGCUUUUAGGACUUAAAGCUUCAAUGUGUGAAAAAGUUUAAAGCUCAAAACUUUGGGCUAAAUGUAGAUUUGUUCUCAAAUCUUUGUGUUUUUGAUCUCAAGUCUGAUAAAAAGGGUCUAACUAGGCUUCAUUUGAGCCACGUCCACCUUACAAGGCAAGAAAAAGGUCUUUUUUCAAGGUAUUACACCAAAAUCAAGAUAAAAAAACAGGUUCUCUGAGAUGAUAGUUAAGUAAGUUUUCAAGUACAUCUUCAUCUCAUUACAAGAAAACCAGUUCAUGUUUUCUGUGUAAAAUAUCUUGAAAUGCGACAUCUGUUUUUUUCUGGACUCGUCACAUGAAUUUGGCUCAAAUUAAGCCUAAAGACUUUGUACCAGAGAGAAUACAAAAACACUUUUUUUCACAGUGAAAUUACUUUUCAUCUUUCAGCAGUUUGAAGGAAAACGAUGUCCUCCUCGUGUCAAUGUUCGUUCUCAAACUUUACUGGCAUAUGGGCACACUUAUCUCCCCGUCCACACAAAAUUGGCGCAUGCCCUGUGGGUCCACAGGUCUUUUUCCUUUAACACAGCUGAAUGUGAGUCCACCUUGGUGAACUGCAUACAGCUUUUCCUCACUAGACCAAGUGAAGUGAAUGUUAUGUCUCCUCAUAACGUCUGCGUCUACGGUGCAAGGUCCUGCAAGAGAGGAGAGAGAAACAGCAGUUUUAUCAUCCCUGAGACUCUUCUAUGCAGAGAUCAUGCUGGGCUGUUUGAGUAUGGAUCAGUAAUAACUGCAAUGAUCGAAAUUAAAGCAAAAUUACUCAGCAGUUAGCUUUGAGGAAGGUCCUCCCUGAUACCAGAAGAACCUGACCAUGACAGGUUCGCUUGCAAAAUCUGUGACAGUCCUUUUAUUGGAAUUAAAAGCAGACUCAUAUAUGAAAAUAACAGAAAACAACUUACUGAGGCACUUGAAAUAUCCAGUCCAUUCACCAUUGUUGCAGGUUUUAUAUGCUGAACCCUCUGGUAUGUGUAACUUCUGGCAGAUGUACUCAACCCUUUCAUUAUGGUCGUACCGGGGUCUCACACUGUUCCUCGUGUCUCCAUUGUCAAGGGGUGGUGGCGUCCCACAGCCCAAAGG